CAGUAUUGGCGUCCCCUAUCGUAUAUGACAAAACUGCAGAAAGAUCAAGUUUCAUUAGCUUCAGGAAUUGAAGUUCUUUACUUUGAUGGAAAAAUGGAUUUGACAAAACAAUUGGAAGAAAUGAAUGGCGGACGAUCACAUAACAUAAUGGAAGGACACGAGCACAUUUCUCUUAUUCAGAAGCCUGGAAGUUCGUAUUUGAGACAUUUAUCAUCGAAAUAUACAUCAGCUGAAAGUGUUUCAAAUGCUAUGUUCCAAUUUUUGGCUGAAAAAAAUUGAUCUCUCAAGUGGAGAGUGUGUGGCAUGUGAUGGUUGUCCUACGAAUACAGGCAAGCAUUCCGGCAUCAUUCGAAGGCUAGAAGUGACCCUAGGAAGAAUAUUGCAAUGGUUUAUUUGUUAGCUUCACGGCAACGAGCUACCACUUAAACACGUGUUCACAAAACUUGAUGGUAAAACUAGUGGACCAAACGAAUUCUCAGGACUAAUGGAUUUUCUCAAAAUCGAUCCAUGGAUGUCUACUUUUUUCUCAAGUCAACUGAUGACAUCUAUAGGACCCCUUGUAAUGGGAAAAAGUACCAUUCAUUCAGCCCACCAUGCUGACUUUUCUGAUCAAGGGCUCGAUUCGUGUAAUGCGCGAAAAUUGAUUCCCAUUAAGGACAAGCGUUUGACUCAAGUCGUUACAAACGAAACUCCGCACUUACAGUUCUGGGUGGAUGCAGUAAAAAGAUUGGAGAACAUGCGCUUUGUAUCUAAAGAUAAACUUGGAACCUCUUUCCGAUCCGCCCUCUCUUAUUUACAUAAUAGUAAAAAAAGAAUACAGAAGACUAGGCUCGAAACUCUUUCACAUAAUAGCCCUGGUGUACCGAAGGAACCGAAUGGAGCCUCCUCAAAGUACUCGUAA